AUGUCAUCAAAGCCAGGCAUGGGUAGAACUAUUUACGUUUCAAACCUUCCCGAGCAAUUCAAUGAAGAAUUAUUAAAGACGUUUUUUGACGAGUGCGGAACGAUUACAAAUUGCAAGAUGGCUGGAGACGCAACAAAUCGUUAUGCCUUUGUUGAAUUCGCAACACCCGAUGAAGCCAAAAUUGCUCUCGAGUUGAGCGGAACGGAUUUAUUGGGAAAAACAUUGAGAAUAUCACUGAGUCGUAAUCCAAUUUCUUCACCUCCAAACAAGCCUUCAUCCGAACAAGUCGUCGCAAAUGCAUCAGCUAGUCAAUCAGAACAACCACAAGAGACCUCACCACCUCUAUACAAAUAUCUUUCCGAAUCCGAUCUAAAGAAAAAAGCAGAGGAAGAAGAAAAAGUUAAAAGGACUAUUUAUGUUACAUGUAUUGACACCCAAAUAACAGAGACUCAGGUUUGUGAGUUCUUUUCAUACUGUGGAAGAAUUGUAAAUUAUAGAGUUUGUGGAGACACUCAGCACCCAACAAGAUUUGGCUUUUUUGAAUUUGAACAAAAGGAAAGCGCUCAAGCAGCGAUUUCCCUCUCUGGUCAAUUCUUAGGACGAUAUGCAUUGCGAAUUCUUGGCUCAAGAACGCCAAUUCAACCAACUCCAGGAGCUGUUGGAAAUGGUGCCACUUAUUCUUUUACUCCGGUGCAUCAUGAUCAAAUCAAUAGAACAGUUUAUGUAGGAAAUGUUGAUGUUGGAUUAACUGAAGAUGAUCUUAAAGAAUUUUUCGAUGCUAAUUGUGGACCCGUAACAAAAGUCGUUUUAGCAGGAGAUGCUGUGCACAGUGCUCGUUUUGCAUUUGUAGAGUUUUUACAUUUCGAAUCUAGAAAUAAGGCUUUAGAAUGCUCCGGCACAUUAUUAGGAAAUAGAAAUAUUCGAAUCAAUCCAUCUAGGACACCUAUUUUAGGUGGAGGAAAGGCCUAUGCUUCUACUGCUCCUUCAAUUAAUCCUGCAACUGGUACAGGUCAAUAUGCUGUAAAUCAUUUAGCGCAAAGCUCUAAAUUCCCUCCGAUUGCACCUGUGACAGAUCCAUACUAUAACCAACCUCAUUUUUCGAGCAAGAAAACAUCCUUGAUUUCAUCAAAGAAAAAGACUGGUGACUCCACAACACCACUGGGAACACAUCAUAAACCUUACACAGAUAUUGCAGAUAGUGAAAAGAAACGAAGAAAGAACGAUUGGUCCUCAAGUGAUGAAGAUUCUGACAGCGAAUCUCGAGAAGACCGUAGACAAAAGAAGAUCCAAAAACCUACUACCGCCACAACUUCCAACGCUCAACCAGAACACAAUAACAAUCACAACCACGACAUAGUUGCAAGUGUCUCUUCAAAUUCUGCAGAACCUUUCUAUAAUCCAUCAGCCUCAGACGAAAACCAUCACGAAAAUGGAGAAGAGAGUGAUCAUUAA